UAUAGCCUUGUUGUUCGUAAACGAUCAAAAGUGUUGAAAUAAAGGCAUGGAGUGGUUGUGGUGGUUUUUAAAUAUUUUUCUUAUCCAAAAUAUUGCAUCAAUUGAUUUUAGAGGUGGCGUAAUAACAUGGAAAUAUAUAGUAACCGAAAAUGAGAUGGCCGUAACAUACAAUCUUUCUUACCGUCCUAUAGAUAGCAAUAAUAUAUGCUCUCCUUAUGAACUGGGGAAUGGAACUUGGUGUGGAGAAGAAGACCCGUUGGGGUGUUGCAAUGACUGCAAUAUGACAUUCCGGUCGUACUAUUGUACUUCUUAUAAUAAUGAUAAUACAAUUGGAGAGAUGACACGUUAUAUCCCGUCUUACGAAACGUAUGACAACAAACUGAUAUUUGGGUAUGAAGCAUGUUGCUGGAAAGACCUGGUCGAAGGCGGUGAUUUAAAAACUAUAUCCAUGGUGACUAAAGUAGAUUUAACUAUUCGAACUGACACAGGAAUGGUCAACACGUCGCCAAUAUCUGCUAUACAGCCGGUUGUUAGAGUGAAACAAGGGUGUUCAUUCUCAAUUCAUAUUCAAGUUAAGGACGACGAUGGGGACAUAGUCAAAUGUCGAUGGGCGAAUAAUAAAACAGCAGAUGAAUGUGGAGGGAUUUGCAAUGGAUUAAGCGGUUCUAUUAUGAAUGUGGAAACAUGUAUCCUCUCCUAUAAUGCAACUGGUAGCACAGGUUGGUAUGCCGUUGCUCUUCAAAUUGAAGAUUUUGUCAGUCAAUCAGACAUAGAUCCACUCAGUAGCGUAUCAUUACAGUUCCUUAUCUUUGUUUAUUCAUCUACUGAAACCUGUGACAACAGACCAUCAAUAGAUACAUCUACAGACAAGAGUGGAGCUCUUAUUUUGAUUUUGUCGAAUACAACAUAUCACAAGACCAUCAUAGCAAGCACACAUUCCAUCAAUUCCAAGAUAUCAGAAAUAAACACUGUGUCACCAAUUGGGAUGACCAAGUCUGCGCUGUUGAAAUAUGGUUUAGUCGAAAGUCAAUGGUAUAUUAAUGUAACAUGGACCCCAAAAGAAACACACAUCGGAAGUCACCAAUUCUGUUACGCGGCUUUUGAUACCAACAGACAGGUAUCUGAUCAGAUAUGUAUUACAUUAAAGGUGAUAAAUAACCCAGCACACUUUUGCCCUGUAAAUCUGGAUUCAUUUAAAACAAUUUGGAACUUAGCUCAAAUUGAUACAAAUGUAUCGGUUUCAUGUAGUGGUUUCUAUACUGGUAUUGUUUCAAGAUACUGCGACAGGAGAGGACAAUGGGAAGAACCAGAUUACAGUCAGUGUACAAAAAUAGCUAUUCAAAGCCUAAAGGAACAGUCAAGUAAUUUAAUUGAAGAAAACAAUACGGCUACCGAGGUCAGCAAAAUACUGGAAGAUUUGAACAUUAUCACGUGGAAUAAUAUUACGAGUGGAGAUUUAGUAACAUCUUCCAAUAUACUGAAGGACAUUGCUGAUUUUGUUGCAGAAAACACAGAUGCACUGACAAAAAACCAAAUAGAGAUAUUUGGCUCACUUUGCAACAAUCUCCUCGGUGACAACAAUGACCAAAAUUGGGAACAGCUCAGAAAAAAGGAUUCAAGUAGCAUUACUGGCAUAGUUAAAGCUGUAACAGAUUAUAGCAAGAGUUUUACCAAUGUUUUGCAUAGUGAAGCUAGCAUCAUAAUACAAAAGGAAAACAUAUUUAUACAGUUAGGAAAGGUUCACUCAAAAGACAUAGUUGUUCCUGACAGAACGAAGACAUCGGAAUCAUGGGUUUUGAAUUCAAUCAAUGAAAUUAGCCUGAGCCUGAAAUGUUUCUAUGGUUUACCAAUCACCGGAUACAGCAGUACCUUUUACAGAAAUAUUUCUAAACUAUUUCCGGAGUCGCUUAGCUUAAACAAUAGCAAUAUAUCCGAUGUUAAUUCUAUCAUUGCUGACUUUUCAAUUGAACCAACACCAGCUAGAAUAUACUAUCCAGUAGUUAUUAAAUUUCAAUAUCUUUCGGAGGACUAUUCUAAUCCAAUAUGUGUAUUCCUGAAUUUCAAUAUGCCAGGUCAUCCGAAUGGAGCAUGGUCUACGGUCGGUUCAAGAGUUGUUGAAUCUACAGAUACUUAUACAAUUUGUGAAUUUACCCACACAACUAACUUUGCGAUUCUAAUGAGUCCAGGAAAAACGCCACAUGCUCACACCUUUACCCUAAGUCUGAUAUCAACGUUUGGUUGCAUUAUUUCCGUUCUAUUCCUGAUCAUAACAGUCAUUGUCUAUUUUGUACUUUGGCGACAUGUGAGAAGCGAUCGAGCAAAAAUUCUAAUUAAUUUGUGUUUGGCGUUAAUAACAUCAUACAUCCUGUUCUUGGUUGGUAUUAACAGAACUGGAAAUAAGGUUGUCUGUACUGCCAUUGCAGUCGCACUACAUUACAUGUUCCUUGUAGACUUUGCCUUGAUGUUAGGAGAAGGCAUUCAAGUGGCUAUUAUGGUUGUUAUUAUUUUCCGAAGAGAGUCAAUACUUCAAUGGAUGCUUCCAUUAUGUUACGUUAUACCAGCUGCAAUUGUGAGCAUUUCUGCAGGAGUUACAAAGUUACAAGGUUAUGGUAACCGUCAGUUUUGCUGGCUGACCGUCGAAUCAAAAUUAAUAUGGGCGUUUGUAGCACCAGCACUCUUUGUAGUCAUGAUGAACAUGGUUAUCCUGGUAAUAAUGAUAUAUAAACUGCUGACAAUUAGAGGACUUUCAGCAAAAACACUCCAACAAAAAGCAAAGGCAGGAAUCAAAAGUAUUUGUGUAAUUUUCCCACUGUUCGGAAUAACAUGGGUACUUGGUGCCUUUUCAGUAAACGAAGACCUGGUUGUAUUUCAAUACCUUUUCGCAGUAUUCAACUCGCUUCAGGGAUUUUUCAUAUGUUUGUUUCACUGCUUUUUGAACCAACAGGUUAAACAGGGAUAUGAACAUUUUCAAAGACGGAGAAGGGCUAUUCGUUUGAUGGAAUCGAAAUCAUUAAGUAGUUCAGAUUAUCAAACAAGGAAGACCCGUGUUAGCACCGAUCAAACCAGUGAAAAUCGAGGUCGGUCAAAUGAAGAAGAAAUAUUAAAAGGACGAAAUUACGCUUAUACCUUUAAAACUGAUUCCAAAUUCUAUAACCCCACUUUUUCGCAAUAAUUUGAUUAAUAUGCAAAGCAGAAAUGAAAUACUAGAGAAUAUGUAUGUAAUUUUAACCUCUGUGAAGAGGAAUCACGAAAAAUCAGAUUUUUUUUGACAGACAUACAUAUACCCAUACACACAUAACAAAAUGUGACGCCAAUUUAAUCAAACUAUUUUUUUCGAUAAAAUUAUUUAUGUUGUACAUUAAAUCCCAUCAUUCCAUACCAUACAGACACAGUGUACAAAUACCUUGCUACAAUUCAGUAAAAAGUCGACUAGUUCCCUGCUCAUUUUUCUUUUUGGUAAAAUAAGGAACGAUUACUUUCUACAUUUGAGAUUGGGUCUAAACUUUCUUCAACCUGUCAAGAAAUGUCAGGAGAACUGGUCUAGAGCAGUCUGUAGAUCAGUUCUCCUGACCAAUUUAGAGUAGUUAUUGACAGAGGCAGUUUAAUCGUAGAACAGUUUUGGACUCUUCCUACCUAGAACGGAUUCGAACAGUUGUAUCCUUAAACAGAGUCCUGCAGUUGUACCCUAGAACAGUGUCGGACAUUUCUACCCAAGAACAAAUCAUGAUACUUACAUCUCUAGAACAGUUUCAGACAGCUCUAUUUAUCAAUAUAGUUAUUUAUUUAAUAGUUUACUUUAAUGUUAGUUAUUUAAUUAAUCUUAGUAUUUGUUUGACGUUUUUCCUAUUUUAUUUUUUCAUUUAUUAAAAUGUUUUUGAUUUA